CCAGCUUUGCACCAUUAAUUCAUAAACCUCUCUUCCACUCUUGAGUCUUUCCUUCCUCCAUGGCCGUCCUCCUCCUCCUUCUCCUCAUUGCCUUUGCUGAUGCUCCAUAGUUUGGAGGAUCUCUACGCUUCCACUAUCAACGAUGAUGGGAUUGCGUUGAUGGAGUUUCGAGAUAGAGUGGAGUUGGAUCCGUACAGUGCUUUGAUGGGAUGGGGGGAUGGUGGAGACCGGGAUCCGUGCUCGUGGUUUGGGAUUGGCUGCUCCAAUGGUAGAGUCGUGGAUCUGAAUUUGGGAAAUCUUUGCCUUAGAGGAAGACUUGCACCAGAAAUUGGGAGGCUUGUUAUGUUGAAGUCUCUCGUCUUGCACAACAACUCCUUUUAUGGAGACAUCCCUAGAGAGAUCUCCAAAUUGCAGAAGCUGGAAGUGCUGGACUUAGGACACAAUAAUUUCAGCGGACUGAUUCCAUCUGAUUUAAGCAGUAUGAUGCCUCUGGGAACUAUAUUACUUGGAAACAAUAAGUUUUUAGGAAGCUUACCAACGCCUGAAAUUAAAGGUGAUCGAGAGACCUUUUUGCCAAAUAAGGGAUCUAUUACGAGAAGAAUUGGAAUAAGGAGGAUCAUGCAGGCCAAAGACGAUAGCAGAAAUAGAUCACCAUCACCAUCUCCAUCUCCUUCACUUUCACAUGCGAGUUCACCAUCACCUGCAUCACCCUCUCCUUCACCUACUCUUUCACCAUCUCCGGUGCCGGCACCUUUACCAUUGAUUCAAGAGAACCAGUUUCACACUGAUGCUAAACAACCCUCUGAUUUGCCACCACCCUCCUCUCCCAAGAAACAUUCUCCAUCAAAACCACCAGCUACUGCAGCAAGGCAUGCUUCAUCUUGGGUAAUCUACAUUGCAGUGGCAGGGGGUGUUUCCUUUCUCCUUGCCUUCACUUUAGUAUAUAUACUAUGCUGUCAGUUCAACAAGGUGGUCUCUGUAAGACCUUGGUCUACUGGCUUGAGUGGACAGUUGCAGAAAGCUUUUGUUACAGAUGGUGUGCCUGCUCUCAGACAAUUAGAACUGGAAACUGCUUGUGAAGAUUUCAGUAAUGUCAUUGGAUCUUUAUCAGAUUGCACAUUCUACAAGGGAACAUUAUCUAAUGGGGUUGAAAUAGCUGUGACAUCCAGUGUUAUUACAUCUACAAAAGAUUGGUCUAAAGAUGCUGAUUUUCAAUUCAGGAACAAGAUAUCAGCAUUUUCUAGAGUGAACCAUAAGAACUUCAUGAACCUUCUGGGAUUUUGUGCGGAAGACAGUCCUUUCAGCCGAAUGAUGGUCUUUGAAUACGCUCCAAAUGGGACACUUUUCGAGCACCUCCACAUUAAAGAAGCAGAACAUUUGGACUGGUCAUCACGUCUAAGAAUAGCAAUGGGAAUUGCAUAUUGUCUAGAACACAUGCUACAGCUGGAUCCUCCAAUUGUAGUUAGAAAUCUGAACUCAUCCUCUAUUUAUUUAACUGAAGAUUACGCUGCAAAAGUAUCAGACAUUGAAUUCCAGUAUCAUGGAAAAGAAGACAGUUCUAUCAAGGAAGGCUCAGAUGAUCCCUUGGUUGCUGCACCAUCACCAGACUCGAAGAUCAUAGUGUACAAAUUUGGAAUACUAUUGUUGGAGAUCUUAUCAGGAAGACGGCCUUUUUCAGAAGACGAUGGCCUCCUUGUACGCUGGGCUUCGUGUUACUUCAAUGGCCGAAGACCACUAAAAGGCAUGAUUGAUAUAACAUUGAAAUCUUUUAAGGAGAGAGAUCUCGGUCCGUUGAGUGAGCUUUUGAAUUCAUGUACCAGUCGUGACCCGAGGAAACGACCGACAAUGACAGAGGUCACUGACAGUUUGCGAAGAAUUACAUUGAUCUCUCCGGAGGCUGCAGCUCCUAGACUGUCUCCUUUGUGGUGGGCUGAACUUGAGAUCCUUUCCACAGAAGCUAAUUAGACACAAAAUGAAGCUGAAAAUUGUUGUUUCCUUUGGGCUGUUUGAAAUCUUGAGUUGCAGCAAAUGGCUUCUUUCUUCACAGUGAACUUAGCUGUCAAAAAUGCAUAGGCGACUUAAGCAAACAUCCUUUUGUUUUUUGGAUGUUCAUAUUGUAUACAAAAUCAGAGUUCCAAACUUUCUGGUUGGUCUCAGAAAUAACAUAAGCUUGUAGUG